UGGAACUGAAAGAGCGCGGGAAAGGCAGUGUAAUGGCGCGCCGCUAACGGUUGCGAUACUGUCCGUUUUCAAGCCCGGCUGAAAGUUACCAUCCGCCGCGCCGGAGACCCCUCCCCAAGAUCAACUCGAGUGCAGGGGAGGGGGGGGAAACACCGAGAGGAUGGACAACUUCCAGAAAGUGGAGAAAAUAGGGGAAGGGACGUACGGGGUGGUUUACAAAGCGAAAAACAAAGACACGGGAGAAGUGGUGGCCCUGAAGAAAAUCCGACUUGACACGGAAACAGAGGGUGUUCCAAGUACAGCAAUACGAGAAAUCUCCCUUCUCAAGGAACUGAACCAUCCUAACAUCGUCAAGUUACUUGAUGUCAUUCACACGGAGAAUAAGCUCUAUUUGGUCUUUGAGUUUCUGCAUCAGGAUCUGAAGAAAUUCAUGGACGUCUCCUCGGUCACUGGGAUCCCGUUGCCGCUCGUCAAGAGUUACCUAUUUCAGCUGCUACAGGGGCUUGCGUUCUGCCAUUCGCAUCGAGUGCUUCACCGUGACUUGAAGCCCCAGAACUUGCUCAUCAAUGCGGAAGGUGCAAUCAAACUAGCUGACUUUGGGCUCGCGCGAGCCUUCGGAGUGCCUGUUCGCACGUACACCCAUGAGGUUGUCACACUGUGGUAUCGAGCCCCAGAAAUCCUCUUGGGAUGUAAAUAUUACUCCACUGCAGUCGACAUCUGGAGUCUUGGCUGCAUCUUUGCAGAAAUGGUAACAGAUUCUAAAAUCACAAGAAGAGCCUUGUUCCCUGGAGACUCUGAGAUAGAUCAGCUGUUUCGCAUAUUCCGAACCCUUGGAACGCCGGAUGAUUCCAUCUGGCCAGGAGUGACAUCCAUGCCCGAUUACAAGCCCACAUUUCCACGGUGGAUUCAACAGGAUCUUAGUAAAGUGGUCCCCCCUUUGGACGAGAUUGGCAGGGAUUUGUUGGCGCAAAUGCUUCAAUAUGAUCCAAGCAAGCGCAUCUCGGCGAAGAACACCCUGACCCAUCCUUUCUUCCAAGAUGUGACCAAACCGGUCCCUCACCUUCGAGCGUAAAAUUCAGCUGCUCUGAAAAGCCUGAAGUCUCUUGUAGGGAACCGACGAAGAUGUCUAUUCAUACAGUCAGCCCAGUAUUUAUUCGCAGUGCCAAAGAUUCAUUUGUUGGCCACUAACAUCUUGUGAGCUUUUAUUUACAAAUUCCAUCUGAUCUUUGUGGACAUUCAAAUUUAACACUUUUUAUAUUGAAGUAUUUUUUAUAUUCUUCUGCUAAAUGGGUGACAUCCCGUUAGACUACCUCAUGGGGCCAUCUUGGCUAUGACCAAUACAGAUUGAAAGGUUCUGGAAAGUGUUAGUGCUUCCAUUGUAAUACAGAGGGACAGAAUAGUUGUGCUAAAAUUCUCUGUUGCUUAAAGUAUGCUCUAAUUAUAUUGACCAAUUAAUCAAAACAUUUUUUUUAAUAACCCUCAUCUUUUCAUCUAAAAGAAAGCUAAUCUCCAUCUUUAAGCCAAGAAGAUCACGGUUUGAUUCUUCACAUUUACGGAUCUCAGUAAAGUGCCACAAUUUUCUGGGUUUGAAAAGGUGAAAAGGCCAUGAUUUCACUUCCUGGUUACUAUCCAGCAGACCUUGCCGACAGUUUAUAGGUAGGAAUAACAAUGUCAAUGCAAUGCAUCUCGAGGUGGGUGCGUUCAACCAACAUUCAUUCCCCGGUCUGGAUUGUGAAGAGUGACCUUUUAGACAAGCUAGAAACUGCUUGCUGAGCUUGAAGAGUCAGUCUAGAGGAGCGCAAAAAUUAAGUAAUGGGGUGAUAGUUAACCGAAUAGCUGAAAUAGACUGUGUUUUAGAUCCGAUUUAAAGCCAAACCAAACAUAAAUCCGGUGCUUAAAUUAGUUAAUCUCAGCCAGAUUUGCAGUGGAGGACACACUACAGUUUUAAUGAGCAGGGGAAGUUGGCCUGGCUUGGUCACCACUUGGGUGUUUCCAACAGGAAAAAAACGUGUUGGUACGAAUGUCUGGUGAAUAUUUGCUAAAGCAUGUCAAUAAAGUAGAGGGAUGGGUAGUAAAUGCAUCAAAAGGCAAAGAUAGAUUAUAUCGAUAAUACUUUAUUAUAAUUGAUUAGGCUACCAGCGGGUUCACCUAGCAGAUUAAUAUUACAGGUGUAGUUUGUCAGGACGGUCACUUUAGUUCACUGCACCAUGAUUAAGUCAAUCUGAUAAUCUACGUUUCGGUUGCCUUUGUCUCCCGGUAGGAGCGUGACUACUGUAGUUCAGUCUUGACUCCAGCAGGGACGGUGGCACAGUUUGACAGCGUAUACUGGUCUAACGUUAGUGACAAAUUCUUGAUAGUAGAAAAAGCACAAGUAACAAGCGUGGUGAACAAAGAGGGUAGUGAGCUGUACAAAGAAUCCAUGAGCACAUGGUCGUGAAGCUUCUGAAUUGUCUGACCUUUAAUUCGAGUUAAUUUACAAUUGAAUCGAGUUGAAUCAACAAUCCCACGAAAGCUUAAUUAAAACUCUAUAGCUUAAAAUGUCACUUCAAAAUAAUAUAGAAAUGUGAUUUUAAAAACACAAACUUUUAAUCUGCUGUCUAACUUCUAAUCAUGGAUCUGCAAAGGGCAAUAUUCCAGUGUUUUGAGAAUAGUUAUAAAUAUCAUUUGUUUUACACAAGCUCACCUGAAUUCUUAUUGGAGUUUAGCCAGCACAUGUGUGUUUCAAUACAAUCUCGCUGCUCUUACUUUGGGUAGGUGUGCCUGAGUGACACUCCAUUGAUGGGAGAUCAAAUAUUUGUGAUUAAUUGGCUUACAGCGGUGAUUAAAAUUGGGUACAAUGUGUCUGCAGCCCAAACAUAACAGGCAAUUAUACAAGUGUGUAGCCUCUGCUGUGCUGUGUUACUGAUUUUCAAUUUGUCUAUGGGUUGAAUCCUAAUGGUCACUAAAAUAAGCCUCGGGAAUGCCAUAAGCACAUCAAACCCAGUAAAAUGACGAAUACACUGAUGCAGAAACCAGCUAGGUCAAAAUCACAAUGUGAUGUCCACAGAUUGGUUAAAAAUUAUAAUCGCAUAAUUAUUCUCAUGAUUCAUCAAUGUCUUUUGGGGAAAUCUGGGAGGCAGCAACUAGUCUCAGAAUUAUUUUCCUGCCUGCAGACCUCUGAGGGAAACCAGAAUUAGAUCAUUAGCCAAGUGUGUAAAUGGUUGAGAGACGAGAAGGCCCUGAGUGACUCGAUGGUUAAAGCCACUGUUCAGUAAGGAACUGUGCAGCACAGUAGCGGAAAAUUUCUGGUUUAAUCCUGAGUUAGAUGAUAAUGGUGCCUUGCUGCCUGAACUAGAAAGAAGGAAUACUGCCAUAGAUUUUUGUCUCGUGUUCCAUUGUAAUGUCCCUCAGCCAUCCAUUUCAACUUUAGUUCAAUUCACCAACUCGUCCCACACUGUAGUAACUAAUCCUUUUCCGACCAAGUCUUUGGUCUAUUUUAGACUUUGGUAUUUUGACUAUUUUAUAAAGAAAACUCAAACAGCAGUUUAUAUUUUCAAACUUAACUAUCCAUUUUAUGUCUGAAAAGAUUUAUUUAAAUUUGUCGUACAGAUUAAAAUUAAAGAAUGUUGUAAAUUCUGGUUUCCUUGGUGACCCAUUUCUGUACACUCCUGCAUUUUGGCACACUGGCUGUUGUGAUGGCUUGUCUGUGCAACUUGCCAAAAAUAAUGGUCUCAUAAUGGUGCAGUGUCCGCUAUUAGCACCAAUCUGACCCUUUGGGUGAGCUUUGAUUGAUUUCUUUUUUAAACUUGGGGAUUCAUGAGAUUUACAAUGGCCAUGUUUUAAACUUGUGGAAAAUUAAAAAUAUUUGUAAACAAA